CAGCAGCAGCGUCGGCGCGGGCCCUUGGGCCGGGCCGCUCGCCGGCCACUUAGCCCCGCCUCCCGCAAGUCGGCCGAGCGGCGGCGGGAACGGGCCGCCUUUCCUCGUUGCGGGCCAUCGGGGAGACAUGGGGGGGGCCGGGCGGCAGGCGCAGCUGCUGCGGGCGGUGAUCAUGGGGCCCCCGGGCUCGGGCAAAGGGACCGUGUCCUCCCGCAUCGUCCAGCAUUUCGCCCUGAAGCAUCUCUCCAGCGGGGACCUGCUCCGGGACAACAUUCAGAGGGGAACAGAAAUUGGUGUUUUGGCCAAGACUUUCAUUGAUCAGGGGAGGCUCAUUCCAGAUGAUGUUAUGAGUCGGCUAGCAUUGCAUCAGCUGAAAAAUAUAGACCAGUACAACUGGCUACUGGAUGGUUUUCCCAGGACAGUUUCACAAGCCGAAGCCCUAAACAGAGUUUAUCGCAUAGACACAGUGAUUAAUCUGAAUGUGCCAUUUGAGACCAUUAAACAACGCCUCACUGCCCGCUGGAUUCAUCCGGCCAGUGGCCGAGUCUAUAACACCGAAUUCAAUCCCCCCAGAGUUCCUGGCCAUGAUGAUCUUACUGGAGAACCACUUACUCAGCGUGAGGAUGACAAACCGGAGACUGUUGCCAAGAGACUGAAGGCUUAUGAGGCCCAAACGAAACCUGUCUUGGAGUAUUAUCAGAAAAAAGGUGUGCUGCAAUCUUUCUCGGGAACGGAGACCAACGUGCUCUGGCCACAUGUGUAUGCUUUCCUCCAAACAAAACUGGCAGAUGGGAGUCCGAAGUAAACGGCUACACCGUGAUGAGUGAACCAUUUUAAGAUGAACAAAAGCAAAGCUUCUAAAUGAUAGAAACUCCGGCAUAUUUCAAUUCAAGAUGAUGACUAUUGCAAUUAUCUAGUGCUCAUCUUCUCAUCUCUUGGGCAGAAGGGUUUUUUAACCAACUUUUUUAUACUUGUACUAAACUUUUAUAAAACAAAUUAGUGUCUAACAAUAUAAAAUUAUUUUUCAUACUCAGUUCUCCUAUAACGUAGGGGCUAUGUGCCUGAGGAAAAGUAGCUUUCUAGUACGACCCUUGAUUGGUGCCUUGCUCAUGGGUACAAAUCGUUUCCUCUGACACAUCAUUAUGUUCUAUCCGGACAAACAUACAUUGACAGAAUGCUCCCUAAUUCCCUAACAGCGCUCCAUCCAAAAACCCUUGGUUAAAAAGUCCCAUUAUUGGAGAACUAAGUAUAAAUCACUUCUAGGAUUUUCCUGUUUUUCAGAGGAAAAAAAAAUCAAGAACAGUACAGUAUGGAAGAUGAGUAAAAUAGUGUUCAUUUUGGACAAGGACUGGUGUGCUCUCUACUGGAAAAAUAUUUUUCUACAUCAAAGCAAAAUGGAAUCUUUCCUGGGACUUUAGUACUCAAGUUUGGGAUCCUGGGUCUACCUAAUGUUACUCCUGUGAAAAGUCAGAUGCAGACUUGUUGAUGUUGAAUAGUGAUAUGCCCCCUGUAGAUGGUAAGCUCCUUGAAGGCAGGGAUCACAUCGCCAACUCUGUUGUACGUUCCCGAGCACUUUGUAUGGUGCUCUGCACACAGUAAGCGCUCAAUAAAUACCACUGAUGAUUGAUUGAUUGAAUGGGAAUUCACUGCUACUUCUGAAAAGGAUACUUAUGGGGCAGGAGGAAGCAUCAGAAUCUACUAUAUAAGACUGGAAGAGGGCUUUAACAACCCUCCAAGGAUAACUCAGGCCCCGGUUUUGUAACAGAAAAAGAGGUAACUAGAUAUACUAGAGGUAACUAGACAUUGCUUCCAUUCGUAACUCCUAUUUUGAAAAUGUUUGUGCGAAUUAGAGCAAGAGAGUUUGCACCAGG